AUGAGGCUGGAGCUGGAAGAGGAGCAGAAUCAGAGAGCUGAGGAACUCAGGCUGAGGAGGCUGGCUGAGGAGGAAGAGAGACAACGGUUAGAGGAGAAAGAGACUGAGAGGAUAAGAAGGGAGCAGGCGGAGAAAGAGAGGGAGUGGAGGAAGAAGGAGAAGAAGAGACGACAGUUGGAGAUGAUUCAGAAGAUCAGACAGGAGGAGGAGGAGCGCAGGGCAGCUGAGCUGGAGCUGCAGCGACUAGAGGAGGCGGUGACUAAAGAAGAGGAGAGGAAGAGGCUGGCAGCGAUGGAGGACCAUGAGAAGAGAGAGUACCUGCAGAAACAGAAGGAGGAGGYAGAGGAGAGGAAGAAGGCAGUGGAGGAGAGAAAACGCAGAGAGGAGGAGGCAGCGCAGUGGGCAGAAGAAGAGGCACGACUACAAGCUGAACUGUUUGCCAGGUAUCUCAAUCUCUUCAUUGUUGCUGCCAUGUCCAAUCCUUUACAGCAGACGGGACGUUUGCAUGCCAGUAGUUCCCUGAAAAAGGACCCAUGA